AUGCCUCCAGGGCCGACGACAGCCAUUAGAGAUGCAUUUACGAGCUACUCUAUGCGCUUCCUCUACCAUGACUUGUGCAUGUCUCUCUCCAACCAGGGCCAAGGACGACUUGCCGGCCAAUGGUGGCUUCCUCUGCCGAUGACUGAGCUAAAGGCUGUGCACCAGCACAAUCUCCAACACAGCAGGCGUGCCCAGGAGAGGUUCAACCGCGGCUUGGUCGCUGACCUGGACGAACUGAAAACCCAAUGUGCAGCUCUGAAGAAGGCAUUCAAUAUUCUAGUCGCCGACGAGACGGCCAACCUUGCUCCCCAUGCGCAAACACUAAGGCCUCACAUGUCCAAAAUAAAGACGCAAACAGAACACAUUAUGCGGGUUGUCGACGGAUUUGAACGGACCCCUGAGGACCCGAGUAAAACGGUGGCGCGUGAGUGGCCGACGAAGUCCCAAGCAGCCAUACUUCACCUCCCCAAGCUGCCCAUUUGGUAUCGAUUCGACCACAGAGUGGACCCGCCAGGGGUCUAUUACAACCCCGACCUAAAGAAGAAGUUUGGAACACCAGACCCUCUCAAAAUCCGCGACACCCGUAUCGUUGUACAAUGCAACGUUGAGGAUGCCGCUGUUACCGACCGGGGUGUGCAAGAGUUGGUAGAGGCACUGGACGAUACCGCACUAAUGUACCCCAAGGUCAAGAGAAGCAAGCCUUUGCCCACGACUCUGACCCCGCUGGUUGGAGUCCUCACUUCCCGUCACGGGUUCGCCACCAAUGCCCGUGAGGCUGCCGAGGCCAGCACACACCCCAUGAUGCUGAUCCGGCUGGCUGGUGACGGCGUGGACUUUCAUCCGAAGAGUGACUGCGACUGGAUGGAUCAGGACGACGACCCGGGGUCCGCCAAGGGCCAACCUUUUGUGCGGCAACAAUGUACCAACGUCCACAGCGUGUGGCGCAACAAGGCGCUUGACCAGUUUCUCGAAAGCCGCGCAAUAGACAUUCAGCACGAGAAGAUUACCGCACAACCUGGGUGCCUUGGCGUCUAUUACGGCGGCUGGCCGUUGCGCCGGUAUGGUCCACAACUAGCAGCAAGCUCCUGA